AUGGCUACAUCCAGUUUUGUUGCUUUCAAUUAUUUUCCAAACGAUACAUGUCAAUUGUUUUACAGUUUUCCUAUUAGUUAUAGAAUUAAAUCAACACCACAAGCUCGUCUUUAUUUUCCUCAAAAAAUCUUUCCAAAUAUUAGUCAAUGUUGUAUGCCUAAUCUUGCGUAUUUAUUAGAUAAACUCAAAAAUGGAACGUGGACUUAUGUAAAUGUAUCAAAUCCUCGAAACAUAUUACUUGACAAUUAUGGUUAUUUAGUUACAGUUGAAAUGCAACCUCCUAAACUUGAUCGAUUCGAUGCGUCUAAUUUAACGAAGAUUAGCCAGACUGCAGUAGCUGGGUCGUACGCAAUGGCUGUAGCAUUUUCAAACAAUAAUUAUUUUAUUGGCCUUACGAAUGGUCCUAUCAUAGCUGUUACAAAUGAAUCUCUGAUAGUUCCCAACUUCAUCUCUUCACCUUAUCUUCGAGGAAUACGUGAUAUCACUUUUCUUGAUGAUGGAUAUACAAUGUUAGUUUCCGCCAAUAGCAACCAAGCCAUCGUAUGUUUUCGUAAAACAGAUAAUAUAUCAUUAGACUAUACAUUUGCCUAUCAGCAAUCAGUAUAUUAUCCAGGAGUAUAUGGGUUAACUAGUUAUAAUGAUAGUUACUUUUAUGCAACAUCAUGGACAAACAAUUCAGUUUAUGCUUAUAGCGUUGCAGAGAAUAGUACAUCGUGGAGUGAAACACUUAUUAUUGAUGCAACUUCAAUCAGGAAUAUUAGUGGUGGAACUUCCGUGACAAUUGAUGAAUGUGGUCGAUAUUGGUUUUCAUUAGAGACAUCUAUCAUUCAGAUUUUCAAUAGUUUAGGAACUUGGAUUGGAAAUUUUAGUCUAGAGAGUGGAUGGAUCAUAGAUACACUUAUUACAGAUAAUUAUGUAAUGUAUUUUUCUGAUCGUUUUACGGGUUUCAGUCGAAUUAUUCGGAUUGAUCCACAUAUUGUGUGUUGA